AAGGCGGAUUUUCGAUGUCCUGCCACAGUGCUUUGCGCCGCCGCCUCAAUGCGAGGAUGGUGAGCUUCAGCGCUAGAUACUCCUCCCUCCUUCUUCCUCUUCCUCCCUCCUCCCCUCGCACUACAUCCACAAGACUUCAGAAAACCUUCCCUGCCACAUCUUGGUCUCCGCCACCGUUCCUGUGCAGGGCUCUGUCAUCGAGAAACGAGGUUGAGGAGAGGAUCCGGAAGUACGCGAAAGAAGCUUGCAGAGUUGAGGAGCUGCAAGGUUUUGAAGCAAAGGACGUGCUCUCGAGUGCUGUGAUUGGUGCUGGAACCAUGGGUGGGGGGAUUGCAAUGUGCCUGGCAGAGAAAAACAUCAAGGUGCAACUGAUUGACAAAGAUCCGAAGAUGCUGCAGGGGUGCUUCGAGAGGAUGAAGAAGAACUGGGAGAAUGCAGUGAGCAAGGGAAAGAUCACAAAGGAGGUGCUGGAACAAAGGCUCAAGUGUAUUCACCUUCACGACUCCGUGGAUGCAUGUCGGGGGGUCGAUCUGGUGAUCGAGGCGAUCUUCGAGGACAUGAAGGCUAAGAAGGAGAUCUUCAAGGAGGUGGACACGGUUGCGAAGGAGGAUGCGAUCCUCGCCAGCAACACCUCAACUCUCAACAUCGAUCAUAUCUUCUCCGACGUCUCCCGCCCUCACAACACUGUUGGGCUGCAUUUCUUCUCGCCGGCACAAGUUAUGCCGCUGCUGGAGGUUGUCCGCGGAGGAAGCUCCUCCAAACAGACUUUGGCGACAGCGAUGAAGCUAGGACAGACGCUCGGAAAGAGUCCUGUGCUUGCAGGAAACUGCUUCGGCUUUAUUGGAAACCGAAUGUUUGAGUCGUACACCAAGGAAGCCAUGUUCUUGCUCGAGGAAGGUGCUCUUCCACACGAGGUCGAUGAGGCGAUUCAAGAGUGGGGGAUGGUGAUGGGGCCUUUUGCUGUGAGCGACCUGGCAGGAAAGUGUUCCUGGCCUAUCGUUGCUUUUUCUCAUGGUCGAAUGAUUGCAGGGUUGGACAUCGGGUACCUCAUUCGAAAGGAGCAGGGGCUGGUGGAUCCUCAGACCCGAUCUAAGGAAUCGGGAAGAUACGCAGGGACGAUCGCAGACAGGCUGGUUCUUUCAGGCAGGAAAGGGCAGAAGACACAGGGGGGUUUCUAUGAUUAUUCCAAGGGGAGGAAUCCAGAAAGAGAUCCCUCGGUCGAGGAGAUUGUCAAGUCGGUCUCUCGAGAUCUCGGGGUCACUCGCCGUAAGAUACAGAAGGAGGAGAUAGUCGAGAGAUGCAUUCUCAGCCUCGUCAAUGAGGGCUAUAAGAUCCUGGACGAAGGGAUUGCCAGAGCGUGGACCGACAUUGAUGUUGUUUAUGCCUACGGCUAUGGAGCUCGAAACCAGCAGCCCAUGACGUAUGCGAGAGAACUUGGGAUGAAGAAGGUGUUGGAGCUUAUUCGCAAGUAUCAGAGGCAAUGUCCGGAUGCUCCUCACUGGAAACCAGCGCAAGGGAUUCUAGACGCUCUGAGAGAAGAAGAUCGGUUGCGAGCUCAACAGCAGAACGUCCCGUAUCUCGGUUAG